AUGAAAAAAAAACUUUUUCCAUUUUACCACUCUCGGGAUACGAAGUCAAUGAAAGAUUUGAAUUGUGGUCCCCUUAAAGGCAACAUCAGUCGUUAUCAGAGGGGAAAAUGUUUACGCUGUGAUCCUAAGCCGGAUAUUAUCAAAGCGUCUGUAACUGAGACAAAAAUUGGAGAGAAAUCUGAAGCCGAUUUAAAGAAUUUCAGAUCUCUUGAGACAGGAAAAGCUUAUUUAGGUGCUUUCGCUUUGAAAGAAAGUUACCUACAUUUAAUUUUGCAAUGUAACUCAAAGCAAGUAAGACAUGGAAGCAAACGUUAG